AUGGCCCAUGUCGCACCGCGGCUGCCUUUCGCCGCUGGACUUGAACGUGGGCGAGGCUUGCGGAGAGCUGCUGGAAGCUUGCACCCGCAGCGUCGUGGUUUGCCAAAGGAAUUCCAACCACUCUCCCGCCUUCCCGGCAAAGUCGCGGCUGUAGGUGCUGCAGGAAUGGUGACAAGAGGCCUGCCUUCCAAGGCUCCGGACAGGAAGCGACAGCGAGAGCUUUCGUGGGAAUGCAGCUGCAGGGAUUGCCGGCUGGGAGGAAUCGAGGGCGGGGCAGCUCGCGUGGAGGUGGCUCUGGCCUCUGGAGCUGGCCAAGCCAAGGAAGAUGGAUGCAAUGGAGGCAUCAGGUGGCGUUACGGCGAGCCAAUGGCAUUCCAUCGAACUUGCUGGGAGCAGCUGCUCGCCAACCGACGUAGCCUGGCGAAAUCAGAUCUGCAACUACUGCAAACGGCUGCAUCCACCGCUGAGCAUUUUGAUGCCGCUUCUGACAUGGUCCGCCAAGCUGGGAAGGCCGCGGACGUACUGCGCAAAAGCUCGCGAGCAAUCUGCUUCACGGGAGCAGGGCUUUCUACAGCCGCCGGACUGGGCGAUUAUCGGGGCAAGCAGGGCAAGUGGACUCUCGAAGCCCAAGGUGCGGACCUUGCAUACACUACCGUGUAUGAGGAACUGCGGCCUACUUUUGCACACGAGGCCAUCGCGAAGCUCGUGGAGAUGGGCAAGAUUGCAUAUGUGGUGAGCCAGAAUGCAGAUGGAUUGCAUCAUCUCAGCGGAAUUCCUUACAGCAAGCUCUCCGAUGUUCAUGGCUCCGCCUUCACAGAGUACUGCCCUAGCUGCGGAAAGCGCUAUGUGCGGAACUGGUACGUACCUGAAGAUCGUGCAGAGGACUACUUAGCUGGCCUUCUUCCUGGCCCCAUCCCUCCCCACAUUCGACGAUGCCCUGGAUGUGGGAGCAAUCAUUGGACGGGCCGCAGCUGUGAUGACUGCGGGGGGCCUUUGCAUGACACGGUCAUAAGCUUCGGCGAUGGACUGGAAGAGUGCGUUCUUCGGCCAGCCUUUGAGCAUGCGGCCGUGGCGGAUGCCUGUCUAAGCCUGGGCAGUACAAUGAGCAUCGGGCCUUCCAACCAGGUGGUGGCCAUUCAGAAGGGGCCCUUGAUCGUCUGCGUGCGACAGGAUACGGAAAUGGACCCGUUGUGCCAAGCCUCCGGCGGUGUUCGGGUGCAUGGAGAUUGCGAUGAGUUCAUGUAUCACGUUAUGCUGGCUUUGUUGGGGGAGGAGCAGUUCAAGGAUUGGGAGGCUUCCCUGAACGAGAAGCGCGCCCUGUACAACUCCCAGCGCCCAUCGGUUGGGAAACAACGAGGCGAUAUUUUCGUCAAGAAAGUUUGA